AACGCCACAGGUCCUGUCCAGAACACAUCUUCUCUCUGCCGUCUUCAGAGCAGUCAAUGACUACAUGAACGGGCGCCUCAAGUCUCGGAAUGUGCACUCUGAGAUUGUCUUCUCACUAAGCCCCGCGACAAAUAUCGCUGAAUCUUUCCGCAAGUUCGGCAUUCUUGAUACGACGAAAGACCUGCUGGUAGUCAAGGUCUCGGUGACGCCGGAGAUUACCCACGAAUCAGUAGCAGCUCACCUGGGACAAAACGUUGAGGGAACCCCCGUGCCAUUUGAUGACGAAACUCUAUCCACGAUAUCCGACGUUGCAAAGAUCAAGAAGGCCUACAAGCUGGGAGCGCUGAACACUGCGCCGCCCAAUCAACCAAACGGCACGCACGAUGCCGGAAUGCGACGGCUUGAGCUUUCGGUCUUGGGAGCCAUUGCCUUGCGGGGAGCGACUUGAAGAAAACUUAGAUCUAAAAGCCAUCCCUAAUCCCCCGACUGCUCUCUUGGAUGCUAUGGUUCCUCUGAAGUGGACAGGCUACAGUUGCAGAAUGCCUGCUCUGCCCGGCCGUCAACAGUGCAGGCUGGAGUACCGGGCCACAGCCUUCGCCAAGGAGGACUUUGGUGCAGACCAAUACCGUGGUGAAGAGCAUCCAAGCAGGACACACUUAUAGAACAUCGUGAUCUCAUGUAUAUAGAAGGCCCAGGCCGCUAUUGAUAUAGUUGGGGCAGAGCAUUGAGCUAUGGCCUUUGCUUGUUGACCUAAUCCGCCCUUGAAGGCUCACCUUAAGGUGCAACCUCUUAAAGCACAAUUUCCAG